GGCUGUUGCCUGCAUGGCUUCCAUUGCUCUCUCCGCUGGCGGAAUGGCUGCCUCCGCCGCCGACGCACGCACCUACGAGGGGCAUUCUUCUAUGCACAAGCCUGGCCUGGCGCACGGCGAACGCUCGGACAGGGCGAUGACCUCAAUGGAGGUCAGCAACAUCGCGAGCCACGUCCCCCGCCCCGGCGACAAAAUGCGCACUGCGAUGAGGAGCAGGGCAAUGUCUAUGCACCAGCGCAAGUAAAGGGUCGACUAUCGGAUGAUUCAUCAUGGGACAUUCGAAGGGGAACAAUGCCUGGGAUAUCAUUGGGUAGCAGGCUUCACUGUAUAAGCCGUGUCAUUCUGUAUUUGUAGGAAUCGCAUCUGGUCCGAUUC